CUGCCUCCCAGGACGAGACCCUGCCCCACCAUGAGGCUUCUGGUCCUCUGCAGCCUGCUCUGCACAGUACUUCUCGGCCUGUGUCUCUUCUCCGCGGAAGGAAAAAGGCACCCUAAGCACCCGGCCAAGCCCUGGAAAGGCAAGCCCUGCUGUCCCCCGGUUCCUGAUCCUGUCCGGAGGACCCAGAAAGGAGACCGUGUGAGGACCUGCCGAGAAUGCAAGCCCAAGUUGCCCUUUUGGGUGGUGCCUGGGGCGCUCCCACAGGUCUAGUGUUUCCAGAACAAGGCGCAGCUCCGGAGGCACCCAGAAGCCCAGCUCCUUCAGGACCCCCCCUCGGAGCUCCGGCUGAAGCAAAGACCCACUUCUGGCCCGUGGAAGCCUCUGCCCAGGACCUCGGCCUCCUCGCUUAAAGACACAGCAGCUCUCUCGCCGCCAUGGGGUGGUGUCAUGCUGCCUUUAACAAGUCCUGGACUGGAGUUUUCUGAAAAGCACAACAUAAAAAAUAAGAGCUCA